GAACGCUUGGGGGCUUGCCAGGGUUUGCCGCUUGGGCAGGUCAAACCUGUGUCAAACCAGUCAAGCGGGCGUACGUUCCAUCGGCUCCUAAAACAGAGAAAAACAAAAACUAAACAAACGAAGCUGGAUACCGACGGCCAGCGGAGUCAACGCGCACGGUGACAUUCCCUAGGCACGGAUGCCUAGGUCAGCGGGCACUGGCAGCCAGCCACUCCACUUCCCUCAGCGACGCACCGCAGCAUCAACGCAGAGCCCAACAUGGCCGCACGCGCGGGGGAGCUGGUGGAGAGGGGGCAUCAAGGGCAGGUGCAAUGCUUUGUGCAUGGCCCCUCCUCCCUGGCAGGCACCUCCUCUCUGGCACUGCUCAAGAACAAAGACAAGAGGAAGAAGUUGACCCUUUCACAGGUAGAGGACUGCCUUCCUGUGCUUCUGGCAUUGUUGCAGCAUCCCCAGAGUCCUGCUGUGGUUCGUGACAUUGUUCUCGUGCUAAAGGAGCUGGUUAGUGAAAAAGAAGUGGGCAAAGCGCGCUGCCGGGCACUGGUGCAGUGCAAUGGCAGCCAGGUGCUGCUCACCCUGCUUGCCCAUCACCGGGAGAUGGGUCUCACCGAGCCCACCUUCCUGGUCACCCUGUACACUCUGCUCUCCAAGCUGGCCUCCAGGGACGCCAAGUUUCCCCUGAAGGCUCGUCUUCUGGGGGCUCUCAAGGUUCCGCUCGAAGAGCUCAAGAGGUUCAAGGUGAAGCUGAGGGUUCGGCUGGCAGCUCUGCUACUCCUCACCAAGGUUCUGCCAAACAGGCUGAAUGCAACACUGUUGGGCAACGAGGGUUUGGUGGGCGAGUUGCUCCGCCUGGUGGACAAGCGCCCAACCCUCUGCCUGCAGACGGCACACUGCCUCGACUGCCUCGCAUGGGCCACGCGCUCGAAGCGCAACGUCCUCCAAGUGGUGCAGCAUGGGGACGCCCAACCCCUGCUCCUGCUGCUCUCUCCUGGCCCCGGCUGCCCCGUACCAAACGGCAACCACAGGGAAAAGCUGCUGGUGCGAACGCUCCGCGCCAACCUCCAGUGCCUGCUCAACAUUGCCAACUGCAAGACCGGUCGGAGGUGGCUCAGCGACGGCAGCACGCCAACGUUGCUGUGGCGCUGGUGCAGUACCCUGCCAGAGGGUGCCCCCUGGGAACGCCUGGUGGCACUGGCCUGCGUCGUGAUACAGCGCUGCCUGCCCCCCUUCCGCCUGCCCGUGGCCAGCCUCGACGGUCCCAUCGCGUGGCCCCCUCCGGAAUGGGCCAAUCGCGCAGGUGCGCAUCGUGCCAGGGACGACGCUGUGCCCGGAGACGGCCCAGGGUCCCUGAUGGCCAUGGACGCGGAGGAGUCCUCCCAGUCUGCAACCUCGUCUUCGUCGGAGCAUGAGGCUGAUUCUGAGAAUGAACUAGACGACAUGCAGUCAUACGCUGUCCUGUCCGGAAAUGAAACUGACCUGGAUCUUUUAGAGUAUGCGAGGUUCUUCCCCGAGCUGCAGCCGCAAAAUGGCUGCAUGGGUGUGCUGUCUGAGGUGUCUAAAAUUCGAGAAGGAUCGGCUGAAAGUGGAACGGUGACCAGUUGGUCUCCAGACGACUCUUUGGACGGCCAGGAACCCGCAGGUUGGCAGGAGGAACAGUACCGGCGGGUGGCGCAGAGCACCCAGGGGGUCAUUCCCUUGGUGAAGCUGGCGUACCCAGAGCUGAAGGGACACAACCACCGCGGCGACCUCGAGCCCCUUAACCCCGACAACAACAUGCACGCCAGGGCCAAGUUGCUCGAGCACGUGGGGGUCCAGCUGGGGAUGAAGGUCGUCACCAGCCGAGUGGCGUACGACUACGACGAUCUGGUAGCGCACCAACUGCCACCGGAAAGGCCACUGGGAAACGACGACGAGGCGCGAGCUGCCCUAGGCCGGGUUUGCGUGCGAUUGCGCUUUGAAUCACGCUUCGAGAGUGGCAAUCUCCGCAAGGCCAUUCAGGUCGGAGACUUUGAAUACGACCUCAUCAUGAGCCCGGACGUGAGCACCAACUUCCACCAUCGCUGGUUCUACUUCGAAGUGGCUGGCAUGUGCGAAGAUGUGGACUACACUUUCAACAUCAUCAACUUUGAGCGCAGCUUCAGCCUCUACAUGGAAGGUUUGUGCCCGCUUCUGUACUCGGUGCGGGACGCCUGCCUGUGCGGAGCGGGCUGGCGCCGGGUGGGGGAACGCAUCUGCUACUUCCGCAACCAGUACGUGCGGAGGGGGCACGAGGGGCCCUUCCACACGCUCAGCUUCUGCCUGCACUUCCCGCACCGUGGCGACGUCUGCUACCUGGCCUGCGCCUUCCCCUACACCUUCUCCCUGCUCAAGGCCCACCUACACUGCUGGAUGCACAGUCACGAUGCCAGCAGCAUCUUUUUCCAGCGUCAGGAGUUGUGCAAGACGACGUCGGGAAACCCUGUGCCCGUGCUCACGCUCACAGCCAAGCCACUGGAAGUGUCUAGGCCACAUGUGUUCCUGAGUGCUCGGGUCCACCCUGGAGAAACCAACUCCUCAUGGAUCAUGAAAGGCCUGGUGGACUUCCUGCUAAGCUCGAAGCCGUUGGCACAACGCCUGCGCCAGACAUAUGUCUUCAAGCUCGUCCCCAUGCUGAAUCCCGACGGGGUCAUCAAUGGCUGUCACCGGUGCUCCCUGGAGGGCCAGGACCUGAACCGGCAGUGGUCCUACCCCGAUGCAUUGAUGCACCCGACCGUGUUCCACUCCAAGGCCCUGAUUCGGUACCUGGCAAGCAUCUCGCAUACUCCUCUGCUGCUGGUUGACUUCCACGGCCACUCCCGACGGUACAACGUCUUUCUCUACGGUUGCUCGCCUUCCAAGUCAUGGUGCCCUCAAGAUCAACUUCAGGAAGAUGACCAAAUAUAUGAGGCGUUUCCGACGCUGCUGCACCAAGCGUCGCCGGCGUUUGUGUUCGACCAGUGCUGUUUCGACGUGGAGCGCAGCAAGGAAUCGACGGCUCGGGUGACGGCCUGGAGGCAGCUGGGCAUCCAGCUCAGCUACACCCUCGAGUGCUCUCUGUCCGGGUGCGAUCACGGCAUGUAUGCGGGCUUUCACUUGGGUUUAACACAGCUGCAGCAGAUCGGCGCAGAGUUUGGUCAUGCGUUGUCCAGGCUGGGUUUGUCUGGCCACGGCAGCAGGGUACGGCUGGAUCCCGCCUGCUCGGAUCUGGUGUCUUCCUGUCGAAAGGCGAAAGAGAAGCGGCGCACGCGAAGCAGCACCAGCAGCAGUAGCACCAGUAACCACUCGCUGGUACCAGCAGACGACGAGGAGUCUGUGGAAGCAGAUUGCGCCGCCGAGCCCACGAGCGACGAGAUGCGCUAGCCAACGUUCCAGAUGCUGUUGUCUCGCCUGAAUAGUACCUGCUUUCCUGCACAUGUGUAGAUGUACCAUUGCAUCCCUCCCAUAUCUGAAGGAAAGUUAGAAGCUUCCUUUUUUUAACGAUUUUAAAUAAUUAUUUGUCAGUAUUGUCCCUCAAGAAAUGCUGCUCGUACAAGAUAGGUUGCCUCCAUUUCCAAAGCAGACAUGAAGGCACCCUAGUACAAGCUGAUACCAAUGGGUAUCAGUACCUUGCACAAUCUACAUUUCGACAGCUUGAAGGUGUACAGUUGUUGAAAAUAUGAACAUCACAAGAGUGACGUUUUUGUUAGGGAUGCAUCAUCAAACACCAAAUUUUAAUGCUUAAGUUGGUGGCUAGUUGCCAUCGACAGAUUAAAAAUUCUGUUGCACUUCAAUUUACUUUUUGUUUUGCCCUGAAAAAAGUCAUAUUGAACUGUUGACCGCUUGCUCGAGACCGGCUCUAUUGCAGUCUGUACCUAUACGAGAGAGGCUUGUUUCACAAAUUAACAUCAGUCUCUUAUUAUGUGCACUUGUAAAAAUAAGUACUACAAUGUUUUUGCACUUAAUUUAAGGCAAUCUUUCCUGCCUGUUAGGAAUAGGUAUAGUUAUGUGUUCCACGAGCUGAUAUUCAUUCCUUACUGCCUUGAGUGAUGAUAAACAUAGCUGUUGGAGAGCAUCGAGAUAUUGUAGAAUGUAGAUAAAGCUGUAAAACUCAAACACAAAAGUGGGAGUACAAACAGAACAGGCUUGAUGGACCUCAUACACCAUCUAGUGUGGUUGAAAAUGGCGUUCCGCUAGCUUGCUCGAUCUCAAAGUCAUCUAAAUAUGGAGGGGAAGAACAGACUACCAAAGGAUCCUGUGUUCUGCUAACUUGCUCGAUCUUAAAGUCAUCUAAAUAUAGAGAAGAAGAACAGACUACCAAAGGAUCCUGUGUUCAAUGGUGUAAAGCUCUGUGUUGUUUUUACGCUGAAGCAUUUCGUUCAGUCAAUAUGUUACGAUGCACAAUGGGGUGCUUUAUAAUUUUAUAACGAAGCAGCUGCAGCGAUACUGAAAUACAGUUGCGACUGCAUAUAGAUUUUAGAUGUACGAAUUUGACACACAAUAUUUGUGUUGAUUUGUUGGUGAAAAUAUGAUAAUGCAUGCCAUUUGUUGACAUCCUGGAAGGCUCCAAGGUAACGCCGUUGGGACGGCAGUUUGAGAAAAGUUUGCACAAGAUGCGUGACUUGUAAGCAGACAUGUACACAUUACCUAAAAAAGUAACUAAAUACCGUUACUUGUAACCAGUUCUCAAAAAUGUGUUACUUUACCUCAAAAGUAGCGAAUUACUUUUCUCGUUACUUUGACGACCAAACACACAACUGCUUUUGUUUCGUGGGUUAUUGUUUUCUUUUCAGUAGUUGUUGCACUUAAGCAUUAGCUGCCUCUCAACGUUUUCAUCAGUUAUGUUCCCCCGCUUCACUGGGAAUACAUCUCCGGCGAUGCUGAUGAGUCGUUCUACUGACGUGCUCAGAGGAACGGCAGUGUUGUGCUUCAGGAAGAGCAGGUGAAUCUGGGAUUCCCCCUUUCCUUUGUUCCCGCUGCUUCUAAAGUUUGAAGUCGACAAUGGGUUCUGCACCUUUCCGCGAUGGCAAGCUCCAGGUUUACAUUCGGUCUUUACACGAUUCUAGGAGGUGCAACCAACGAACCUCAAUGUGUUUGCUGGCUGAAGGACAUUCCCAGCUGUAGAGUUCGACUGACGUGUUCAGCGAUGAUCGUUGCUAUACUGUCAUACUGUUUAGUUGUCUUUCGGGUUGCCCAUCUGCCUUUGUCGCAACAGACGCAUACUCAGGUUAGAGUUAAAAUGAGACUGUUUAAACUUUGUACACGUUUACUCCUCAAAAGUAACGAAAUACCAUCACUCGUUACUUGGCCUUAAGAGUAACUAAGUAUGUUACUCAUUCCUUUUCUAAAAAGGUAACUAAAUACGUUACUCGUUACAUACAUGUCUGCUUGUAAGCAAACUCCAAACUUCUCAUCUGCAAAUCCAAAGUUAUAGUGUUUUAUGUCGUUGGCACAUUAAAUGAAGAUAGCUGUCACAUCUUUUGCAACAACUUGCUGGAUAAUAUGCAUAGUCUGUGUAUCCUGUGGUAGCAUAAAUGUCUUGUGAACCCCCAGUAUGUGAAUAUUAUGAAAUUUCUUAAAUUAUCUGAAAAGUGCCUGUACCGAUGCCUUGCUACUUUCUAUCAUUGUUUUGCAAUUCGAAAGAAUGCUUUUACAGCUAGGCUAAGCGGCUUUUGGUAAUGCUACACGGAACGCUCAAUAUAGCAAGUCUGUCAGACUGGGAUUUUAAGGCGAUGCUGUAGCCUACAUUCAGGCUAAAUUUGGUUCAGCUUGCUCACAACUUUUGCCAAACUCAGACUGUGUACUUGGCUUUUUCUAUGCUGUAUAUGAAGAAAAAUGUCUACCUCUAGGCAAACCCCUUUUUUAUGCCUUUCCUACAAUAUAUCACUUUUUAAAAAGUGCAUAAAACAUUCUAGUCAGAUUACCAAGACCUGCAUAUUCUUUUUCAUGCCAUUCAAGCGUCUUGUUCAUUAAUUGUUGUUUUGAGCAAGUUUUAAGAUGUCCCUUUUUCUCUCUCUUGAACCUGAAGAAAGGUGCACUUUACGCAAAUAUAAUAAAGUCAUUGUAUCACCAAACCUAACUUGCAAUGUUGUCACUGAUUGUUUCCCUCUUCAUGCAGGAUUUAACGUAUGUUCAGCUGCUGUUCUUUUCAUGUUCUCUGGAUGUGAGUGCUCUCUGCCAAUAAAACUAGUAACA